CACAAGACCAUGUGCAACAUCUCCUUCUGUAAUGUGGACAGUAAGGUGGACCAGUUCUUCCAGCCCACGCUCUACAUCAUAGUCAUUGUUCUGGGGCUUCCCACGAACUGCAUGGCCCUGUGGGCUGCCUACAUGCAGGUGCGCCAACGUAACGAGCUCGGCAUCUACCUGAUCAACCUGUCGGUGGCUGACCUCCUGUACAUCACCACUCUUCCUCUGUGGAUAGACUACUUCCUGCAGCAUGAUGACUGGAUCCACGGUCAGGAGAGCUGCAAGCUGUUCGGCUUCAUCUUCUACACUAAUAUCUACGUCAGCAUCGCCUUCCUCUGCUGUAUAUCGCUGGACAGGUAUCUGGCCGUGGCGUAUCCUAUGCGCUUCGCAAAGGUUCGACGAAUUAAAACAGCUAUCGUGGUCAGUGCCAUAGUUUGGAUCAUCGAGAUCAUUGCCAAUUCUGCUCCUCUCUUCCACGAUGAGCUCUUCCAGGAUCGCUUCAACCACACAUUCUGCUUUGAGAAGUACCCCAUGCAGGACUGGGUGGCAGGGAUGAAUCUGUACAGGACAUUUCUUGGCUUCCUCGCUCCCUGGACAGCAAUGUUAGUCGCCUACCGUGGGAUCCUAGCAGCAGUGCGCUGCAACGUGUCAACGGAGCGCCAGGAAAAGGCCAAAAUUCAGCGGCUGGCGUUGAGUCUGAUCCUGAUUGUUUUGCUCUGCUUUGGACCAUACCACGUCCUCCUCCUUGUACGGAGUGUCAUGUUUCUAAGGCAACCAUGUGACUGUGGAUCAGAGGAGAGCUUGUUUGCAGCAUACCAUGUUUCGUUGGCGCUGACAAGCCUCAACUGUGUUGCUGAUCCCAUUUUGUACUGUUUCGUCAAUGAGGGGGCUAGGCAUGAUGUUGGCCGAGCCCUCUCAGCAUUACUGUCUGUAGCCUGCCAAAGGGGUUCUUCUUCCUCACCAUCGCACGGCGACAUACUCAACGCUGGCUCAGUGACAAUGGAAACGCCGCUGUCUGCAAAGAAACAGCCAUGUGUUUAUGCUGAUGGAGGCAAAACAGGCAGCUACAAGACAGAACUGGUGGCUCUGAAGGAGGAGUGUCUACAGAUGACCAUACUCAGUGUUAGGAAGUGACUCCUACCUGGUACA